AUGGCGUCUACGGAGAUGGCGUCAAUGGGCGAACCUAAUCAGUCUCAGCCGCAGCGGUCCUCGUCCCCGGACGGUGGGGAUGAUGCGAACUCGGCCGCAAAGAAGGCGAUUAUACGGAAAAGGACGAAGACUGGCUGUACUACCUGCCGCAAGCGUCGCAUCAAGUGCGAUGAGGGAAGGCCUACGUGCAACAACUGCCUGAAAUCGAAGCGGCAAUGCGAGGGAUACAACCAGCGGGUCAUCUUCAAAGACCCUCUCGGCUUUGCUGGUUCUCCCUAUGGGCCAAUACAUUAUCCCGCGCCAUCGCCCCAAGCGCUCCUCAGAGAACAGCAGUUGGCGGCCGCCCAGCAAAGAGCUUCGUCGCAAGCUUUGCAAAUCAUCGCCCCGAAGCCACCGAUACUUGGAUACCCCCUUAUGCUCGGCACCCAGUUUGACCAAUUCUACCCUGGCCAAGCUGGACCAGUGGGAGCAUCAUCAACUCUGACCUUUGAGGAAGCCCAGUUUGGCGUGCCACCGCAGCCUUCGAGGUUCACAUUCUUCCCUCCAACGACUGUCGAUGCCUUCUCCCAGGGCCAGUGGAGGCAAGAGUCUUCGGAGGACCUGCAUCAAUCCUCACCUCCUACUGGCCAGAAGAACACCCAGGAUGUCGGCACUCUCGUUCCGCCAAACCCAAGUGACGCCCAGCCUGGGAAAGGAAAGGCCGUGGUAGUGGUUGAGCCGUUGACUAAUGCCGUGGAACCGCAGCUUGAAGAUUGGGAGUAUCCGGACUUCGAUGACGAUGCGUCCAUGGCGGAUUCAGACGACGAGCCAACGCUCAUACGGCGUGACUCACAACUAAGCCUCAAUGAACUGGGUCUCGUCAUGUCCCAAAGGAUUGAUCUACCGUAUCACAUGCAUGGCACACAUACCAGGACAUUCUCAGCCUUCCACGAAGACGUGCUUGCCUCUUACGACCCCUCACCAGCCAACUCCCCCCUGAACGACAAACAGAUCGCAGCCGUGUUCUGGCACUUCGUCAACGUCACUGGACCUAGUGUGUCUUUAUAUGAAAGGCAUCCUCUCGAUCCAACUCAUAUCUUCCACGGACAGCCAAUACCGAAGUCCCGGCAACACAUAUGGACCUAUGCAUUUCCGAUACUGUCUUUUGGCCAUCCGGCCCUCCUCCAAGCCAUCCUCGCCCUCGGCAGCUUACAGAUCGCCAAGCUGCAGAGGGUUCCGCCAACGGCAUCCCUCAAGCACUAUCACCUAGCGUUGAGAAGAAUAGCGAAGAAUGUGUCUCGUCCGGCAAGGCGUGCCCAAGCCUCAAAUCUAGCCGCGACAUUGUUACUGGGAUUCUACGAGGUAUGGAAUUCCGACCACGACAAGUGGAGCAGGCAUCUACUGGGAGCGCGUUGGAUCAUCAAGGAGAUUCCAUAUGCAAGAAUGACAAGGUCCAUGAUGGCCGUCAAGUUACAACAGCGACAGCGAGAGAUGGCACAAGCUCAGAUGGAUGGCUUCGGGUAUUUCAAUCCCUUGGAGGAACCCGGUCCUCUGCAUAAAGACUGGGACGCGAUCGACGUGCCAUUAUUGUGUGCGAUCACUGGUAGGAACAUCUCCUACGACGACUAUGGGAUGCUACCGGAGGAUAUGAGCUCGCAUCCGCGACCGAAGCAUGCCGCUACCCACAGAGAUAUGGAGAGAUACGAACAGCUCAGUGACCUUUUCUGGUGGUACUGUAAGAUGGAUGUCUAUCAGAGUAUACUGGGUGGAACUCGCCCGUUCAUGGAGUACGAUGCGUGGACUCAGUGUCCACCAAGGGCUCCAAUGGGACGACUGGACGCUAUAUAUGGCACUUACGAUCACCUGAUGCUGCUCCUUGGCCGCCUCAUGACUUUCGCAUCUAGAGAUAUCGUGCGAAAGCGGGAGGCAAUCAAGGUGAAAGGAGCCGGCCCUGGCAAGCCGCCGCCGGGGAUGUUCGUCGGCAUGAUGCCCGCGUCGGAAAAUGUGACGCUGCCCAUGGGAUUCAGCCCGCCGCGAGAGGAGUCGCCGCCGAGCGACGUGCCACCCAAACCCGACCUCGACACUAGGACUGCCGAGGCGUGCCGGGAGUGGGAGAGGAUCAGGCAGGCGUUCGACGAACUCAAGAACCACUUCGGUCCCGAAUUCGAGCCGCUCGCCGCCGACAUCCACCCUGCAGAGGCCACGCCUUUUGGUCUCGCCGCUCACUACCGGACGUAUCCCAUCGCUGGCAUCUGGAUGAACUUCUAUAUGGGUCUCAUCGUGCUGCACCGCGCGCAUCCCAUGAUGCCACCCGUGGCGAUGCUGGCUGCGGGCAUGUCGGCCCAGGCCACCAUGCCCUAUGCACUGGCCAUAGGCCGGAUCGCCGCCGGGCUGGAGGCCAAUAUCUCCCACCUUCAGGUCGUCAGCACCCUCACGGCCGCCGCUCUCAUCGAAUGCUCGUUCCCGCUCUUCGUGGCCGGGAUACAGUUCCGAGACACACAGCAGCGCCACUGGCUAGUGCGCCGCCUCCACGAUAUCGCGCGGCUGACGGGCUGGCAGUCGGCGCACCAGAUCGCCGACGGGUGCGAGUCGGCGUGGACCAAGGCGGCGCAGUACGGGCGCGGCCCGCCCUACGAGCGCGCCGCCGACGUUGAUGACGACUACACGCUGGCCAACUACGCGCAUGUCCAGGCCCGCGCCCGCGAGGCCGCCGAUGCUCGCCGGCCGUCGACGAUGGCGCCGCCCCUUAGUACUAGGGGUGGUAUUAGUGUUGGUAGGGGCGGCAGCGGUGGCAACCCGCGGCGCAUCGACCGCCGCAUCCACGAGGUCGACAACGACGACGGUGGCAAGAUCGUGCUGGCUAAGGGCGAGAAGGCCUUCUAUGCCAUGGGCUUGUUGGCCGUCGAGCAUGACCUCGAGAAACUGGACCUGGAUGCGGCGGAUCGGGAGAGGUGA